CGCUGAUCGGCCCUUUUUCAGAACCAACCUCUGCCCCUGGUUAUUAUUUAUGAUUAGGAUUAUCUCCUACGGAGCACACUAGAGCACGGGGAUAUCCUGCAGCUUCCACUAAACUCCUGUCUCACUCGCUUCCGUCGGCUCUUCUGCUUCCAUCCCCCCCUUUUCUUUUGCCUGACUUUUUAGUCUUUGUCCCCCUACCGUUCCCUUUGCUCUCCCUCCGGCAGAGCGUCUGUCUGUCGGCGUCCUUGGUUGCUUGGGGUUGUCGUCUUCGUUCUUUCCUUCCUUCCUUCCUGCAUGAUUCCCUUGGCCGAUGAGUCCACGACACUGAACAGUCCAUCCCCGUCAUCACCUUCGACAAGCCAAUUGUCUCCAUCAUGGCGUCGUCUCUGAGAGACCGCCCAUCCUUUGUCCGUCCUUCGACCCGCGACCGUCCUCCCACCCGCGAUCAGGCAGAGAAUUCCCUCGUCGUGCCCAGUCGAACCUCCUCGCUGCAUUCACGCAUCACUCAGCCAAUCCCUUCCACACUCAACGCCAAGCCUGUCCAGCGGACUCCAAAGACCCUCACCCAUGCCUACAUGGUAUGUGGCGUGGGCCGGGAGCCCUCCCAGUGGGUGAAGGCUCCCGCCCCGGCCCAGGGUAAGAUUGGCCAUAUGAAGGGUGCCGUCGGCCAAUUCUGGCUGCCAGAGAUCCUGGGAAGCAGCCCCCGGUUGGAGCACGAUAACGAGAUUGCCCGCGCUCUGCAUGCGGCAAUGAGGGCAUGCUUCCCCCACGAUGUGGAAAUCUGCACCGGUAAGACGCAGCCUCAUUGCGUUCACCACGCCUUCGUCCUGCAGCAGGACUCUUCACACACCCUGUACGGUAUCGCCCUGCGCGUCUGGUCCCGAGCCGACGACAAGCGUGCAGAGACCAUCCGCGAACUGCGAAAGAAAACAGAGGCCGACUUCUACGAUAACCCCGAUGAGACCUACUGGAUUCCCUACUGUCUGAGCUUCCUCUCCCGCUACCCGCUGUACGACUUGCUGGGCGACUACCUGCGAGGCAUGUGGAUUCACUGGAACAAGGCCACCAACCUCUACCAUGCCGAGGAGGUAUCGCGUAUUCUCAGCUUCCCGGCGCCCCGACUCAACGAUCUCGUCCGUAUCGACAUGAAAGAUUAUGCCCUGUGCUACCAAUUCCCUUCCUCGCCAACCGGCUUCCAGAACUUCUCCAUGUGGCCCCUGUUCACGUGUUUGUCCAUCCCCAACAUCGUCGGUGUGAUCGAGGCUGCCGUGUCACCAACGCGUCGGAUCAUCUUCGUCAGCCACUAUGCCGCCAUGCUCACAAUCGCAGCCGAGACCGUUCGCUACUGCGUUCGCAUCUACGAAUGGAGUGGCCUCUACGUGCCGGUCGUGCACGCUCGCCAUAUCAAGGAGCUUGCCCAGGAACCUGGCCCGUACAUUCUCGGUAUCACGGCCGAGUGCCGUACCCUGUUCAAUGCCCCGUCUGAUGCUCUAGUUGUCGACCUGGAUCGCAACUUUGUGCUUACCUCCAGCCCGCCGGCCGUGCUGACGCCUGGUCAACGCACGAAGUUUGUCAACCGCUUAACACAGGCCUUGAAUGGCGACAUUACACCGUCCGGUGUCCCCACCCACCUGCGUUCCGCCUAUGCUGGCGGCAAACUUGUGCCUGCAGGUCAGAUCAUCGUCAUGCGCGGCGAGGUGGAAUCCGUUCAGGAACCGGACUGGUGGAACCAGGACGCCGUCAUGGAUGUUAUGGACCACGUGUGCGACAAGCUCGGUCGCAACAGCGGCUUGAAGGCGAUCUUCGGCGGUUCGGUGAAGAAGCCCCUGAUGACCAAGGUCUCCACGCGCCAUCUGAAUGAGAUUGUCCGUGAGCGGAAUCAAUACUCCCGAGAUGCCAUGGAAGCUUGGCAAGACUUGAUCAACCUGAAGGGUCGCAUGGACACGGAGCUCAGUAAGGUGACGAAACGCAAUAACUUCCUGGUGGAGGAAUUGGAGACUUGGAAACAACAGUUCCUCAAGUUCCAGGCCUUUGCCGAACAACUGACAAAGGAAACGGCGGACCUCAAGGUCAAGAUCGAGAACCACAAGCGCGAGAAUCGCCGUCUCACGAGCCUCAUUGACCAACAGAAGGAUGACGUUGCACGGUUGACCCUCCGCCUGUCGGGCACCGAGAAGCAGCGGGAUGAUGCGCUGGAGGCCCUGGUGCUCCAGCAGGAGAUCGCUGAGGACUUGGAACGAGAAAGGAAACGCAACCAGAAGGAUCUAGCUAAGAUUCAGCUCAAAGUUGAUUCUAUUGCCCGGCAACGGGACGAGGCCCGCCGUGUUGUCCUCCAUCUUCGGAGCCUCAUCCACGGGCAGAGCCAUCACAUGGAGCACGUCCUUCGGUCGAUUGGUAGCUCCACCGAAAUUUCGGAUUUUCUUGGUUUCGACGAAAGCGAAGAGGUCGAAGAGAGCGGCGCCGAGACUGCUACCCGCAAUGAGUCGAUGGCCCCGGACUUUGAGGAACACCUUCUAGGUCUUGAUAGAGCACAAAAGCGCCUUGCCCGUCUAAGCAUCACUGAUGUUGCUGACCGCUACUUGCGCGACAAGACUGAUGCUAUUGCGGACAUCGUCCGCAACAUCAGCGAGCAGUGCGCUGCGGCCGUUGAGGGCUUGCAGUUGGCUCAGGAUGCAGAGGAGGACGAGGCUGACCAUGUGGGGAGCCAACAUUCAAGUGCAAAGACACUUCGACCGGAGCGUUCGAUCCGAGAAGAGUCGCAUGACGGCGAAGCGAACUCCCUCCACCCGGAGCUGCGCAGCUCGAGUAUCCCACCAACGCCCGAACUCGUGCAUAAUCGAUCUAGUACCUCGAUGUCCAUGGUCAGCAGUUCCACCUUCCAGGAUCGGGAUCGGUCAAGUCAGCAAUAUGCCACGGAAGUUCCCACUCGAAUCGUCGAGGGGGAUAACGAGCCCUCGCAGGACGACGAGACGCUUGAUGACGGAAGCGAAACUGCAACCGCUACUCUUAGCAAGCAGGCCAACGAAGAUCUGAUCCGGCCGACCAGCGCGCGCAUUGUGUCGUAGGUUGUGUGUUAUCGAUAAAUGAUAACCGCAUUUACCGUGUCAUCGGCUUGUCAUCUCCUUGUUACCCUUAGGGAGGAGGCCGGGCGAGCGGCCUUGCUUUAUGUUUCUGCGAUAAGCCCAUUUUUACGUGUUUUCUUCCCUUCCCUUUGUUUUUUUCCUCUUUUAUAGCGCCUUGUUCCGUGUUUAGGUCCUCUCCUGGCUUUUUAUUUCCUUUUCUCUGUUCUCGACUUGUUCUUCCAUCAAGGGUGUUAGCUCUUCAUUAUUGUGCCUUUUGGGACGCUGGAAUUCCUAAUUUAUUCAACCUCCGGGUAAGAUUUCGAUUGCCACAUUUUCUUCUCUUUUUCAUAUCCUAUUGCUACCCCUCUUUUCCUUCCUGUCAUUCACCCCUGGUCCGUCUAAUCCAGUGCACGAUUGUAUAGAAAAAUUCGACUUGGUCAGGACUGCACGAGGACGGUUGUACUGUCCUCAUUUCAUUUCUUUUCUUUUCCUUUUUUUAUUUAUUUAUUUAUUUUUUUUUCUCUCUCUAGGCUAACUUUAUUCCCCCUUCUGUUUCCUUUGUGUAUAGUCUCAAGGCUGCAGCGUACGCAGAGCCUUGUGAUGGUGAACCCGAGCCUUACAUGGCGGGAAUGAGCUGUGAAGUUAGUGAAUAAUACUUAGUACAGUGAGUGAGGGGUGAAUUCAAGC